CAUUUUGACAGCAGACAGUUGAACUCGCAGGGAGCUCGUACGAGGUGGGCUGAGGACGGAGGAGAGGAGCGUUGCUGUUUGCUCGCAGAAUACUGCGCAAAUAUGUCAUCCGAAAAUCAGGAGACGAUCGCGCAGGUGGAGUCUGGCGAGGAGAAGCAGGAUUUGCAGGAGAAGGAGUCCAACCCAGUAAAGGCUGAGGAGGCAAAGCUGAAGGCCAAGUACCCCAGCCUGGGGCAGAAACCUGGAGGCUCAGACUUCUUGAUGAAGAGGCUGCAGAAGGGGCAAAAGUACUUCGACUCAGGUGACUACAACAUGGCCAAGGCAAAGAUGAAGAACAAGCAGCUGCCCGCCGCUGGGGCGGACAAGAACCUGGUGACAGGAGACCACAUCCCCACUCCCCAGGACCUGCCCCAGAGGAAGUCCUCGCUGGUCACCAGCAAGCUGGUUGGCUAGCUGUGGCCAUCUGCUUCGACAGCCCAGCCACACACCCCUUCCCCUCACCCGCUCUCAUCUCCCUGGCCCCACCCAGCGCUCUCCCGCCAAGCUCCCCGAGGCCUGACCAAUCAGGAAAGGACUCUGGGGUAGACCUCUUUUCUUCUUUUAGGACUUGGGGGUGGAAUCUUUCCUUCUUGCACUUCUGCUUGCGACAUCCUCUGAUUGUUGGCUUUCCCCUCCCUCUGGGAUCGAGGAUUCGGAGUGUGAAGGAGAUCAGCGAAGCCUUUGUAGAUGUACCUUGUUUUCAGUACGCCCGCAUCCGCAAUCUCUCUCACGCCUGUAGGCAGGGCCAUGGCUAGGGUGAUGACAUCGUUUUUUUUCCUUUCGGUUGAUUUUCGAUGUUGGGCAGAAUAACAUGGAUGCUUGAAGCCAAGUCUUUGAAGAGCCUUGGUUUAUUAGCCAAAGAAAAAUGAUAAAUGUUUAGUUUUACAGAAAAAGAAUUUAAAUAAAGCGAGUGAAGAAAAGAAGAGAAUGCGAUGGCAUCGGCUCAGCAGCGCUGACAUAACUCCCCUGUGUUUCCGGUAGUCAUCGGGAGCAAGAACUUCAAAUCGGCUGUGUCCUGCUGCACGCUCUACUUAUGGCUACAUCUUCUCCGACGUUUGCGGUUGUGCCGCAUGAGUAAUGUGUCCUGGCCAAAACUGUCAUCUUAAGCUAACCGGGUGUUUCCGUGGUUACUUUCAUCAGAGGUAAGUUUGAGUUUCCAGCUGCUCUAUGGAUAUUUGGUGCUUCUCAUUUUGUGUUCUUUUCUCCUCACCAUACUGCCCAACCCCUGUAGCCUGAUACUCGCAUCAGGCCCUUGCAGUUCAUGAUAAGCGCAACGAGGAGAAAAACAAAAACGCACCUUUUUGCCGGUCCGAACUGAGGAGGAUACGCGUUCUGCUGCUGCUCCUCUUGCCAUUGGCCUCCAUUGAAGCUCACCAGAACUGUUGAUGGGUGGGUUCUGUUUGGAGACCACAUGUCUGGCUUGAAGGAAAGGAAACAGUCUCAGAAGAUCCACAGACACGCUCUUUGAUUCGUCCCCCCCCACUUUCUCAGACUUUAGUAACUUCCCACAGCCUCUGGUAAAACUGCUGUGUGUUUGUUCUCACUUCACAAUUUUGACAAUGUUUUGGACCGGUAAGGGUGUGAGAUCAGACAGGUGGUUAAGGGCGAAAGAAUGUUCGUAGUGUAUCCUCUGUCACUUUUUAAGAUGAGAGCUUGGCAGUUAUACUUUCACCAACUUUUCACUCACAGGUCUGAUCCAGGCUCUCAUUCUAAAUUCAGAAUAAACAGGAAGGAGGCUCAGUGCACCUCUCACUCCCACUUUGAGCACACUUCUGUAAACUUGGUAUAAAAUCUUUCAUGAUCGGCAUGAGAUGAAAUCUUGCCCCAGAGGGUACAGGAUCCUCUUUUAUGGUCAGGUGAAGCUGACAGGAUUUUGCUUUGGAGGCCACGUGUGCAGAAACGGAAAUGACCUUCCACUGAUAUUCAACGUCAACGAGAUGAUAUCCAUGUUUUGCGUCCCAAUGAUGAAAUCUGACGGAAUGGAUUUCCCGGCAAACGCACUGUGCAUUUGUGUGCGAAUGAUGCCGAUGAGAAGCAUCCCUCCGGGUUAUAUAUAGGUUCAGAUACAGGUUAAUGCUGGCUUUGAUCCAGCUGAUGAGGCACCUAUAACCUGCUUGUCUUAUGUGAUCCCAUAAUGCAACACGUGGCGAUGAAGUGCAGCUCAACUUUGAUUUACAGAGGACUCUACAGAAGUGUUUUGCGCAGAAGUGUGAGGAUUAGUGUGUUGGUCACGGUUUGUGUUUCUUGGGUGUAGCACGUAAGCUCUCCAAGUCUCCUCAGUUCCCAAGUGGGAAUUUAGAAAUGUGGGUGGUAACGUUGAUACGUUUUUUUUAUAGACGCGAACGCCCAGCGAUAGUGCUGAUGAGUCAGACUAGGAAAACUGGAGAUUGGAGAACAUCGAGAGCAUGUGCGAGGUGGAGUUGAAGGUAGGUCUGCACGUGGACAGCUCGCGAUUCCCAGGAGCCACGGCUCUGCCUGUCAUACAUCAGUCGCAGAGAUGCAGCAACGUGGGCUUUGAUGGAUUUUUGACGGCUGAUGCUGUCCAUGUUGGUUCAUAUGGGCGGGGUUUAAGCGUCUCCUGCAGGGUCCGUUGCUUGCUGCCACCUAGUUUCCUGCUGCCCUUUUCUGAAGGCAGGGUGAACACACACUAGGGUCUGUAAGUCUUUAAUGAACCAACUUCGUUCACGUUUAGGCAUUGAGCAAGUGGGCCGGUCGGCAACCAAAGGCCAAUGGAGUUGAAAUGAGAGGCUAGUGAAGGCAAAGAGGUAAGCGUAAGGAGGGUGAUGUGACCCACCCAACAAGCUGUGUGAGAACUGAUCUGUGUGCCAGAUGUGUCCGCUGUAAUAUGGGAAGGGUGAUUGUAUCGUAAAUGACAUGUAAAUAUGGAACUUGUGUGUGAUGGGAAGGAAAGCGCUUUCAGCUUUGAUCGAAUUGAAAUGGACCGAGAUGGAAUGGACUGUAGAGGUUCGCUUCUCGUCCCCCUUUUAUCCGUGAGGAUCGCUCUGUCGUUGGUGAUAAUGUUGCAGAGCCAAUGAACCAAGUUUUUUUUGGAUGUCCAGCAGUCAGGUAAAGCACCUUGGUGAGGCUGUCCAGGUUUUUCUGUGUGUGGUCUGUAUGUAUGUGAGUGUAAGAGUGCUUUUUCCCUUUCCAGAGUGAGCUUUGAAAAGAAUAUUUUUUUUGUAUAAUACAGUGAUUUGGUGUCCUAUCCAUACUGUAAAUAGCGUACAUUCCUACAUUUCUUUUUUUUUUGUAAUUAUCAACCCUCUUAUGUAAUUAAUGAUCUCAUUUUAACCUACAGCUGAAGAAACCUGAUUGUUUCUCUUGUGCAUUUUGUUUUUUUUUGGCUUUGUUGUCACAGAACUUAGGUGGCACCAGACUUACCUGCUUUUCAGCUGCAGAUCAUACAGUAUGAACUUAUAGGUGUG